UAGUAUCAUCAGGUGUCACUUCGUGGUGUGUUCUGCGAGACUUGUUUUCCGCAAAAUUCGUGAAAUAAGUUGUUAAAUCGAUUUAAAAAAUGUCUCUCUUUGGCUCUCUGAUGGGCGACAUGGAGGAUGACCCCUAUUUCGGGACCCAUAUGAACAUGAUGCGCCAAAUGAACACGAUGAUGAACUCCUUCUUCAGCGACCCUUUUGCUAUUGGAGGUUUUGGUGACUUUGACAGAGGCCAUCGAAGCAUUCACAACUCUCUCAUGCCUUUCUCCAUGCCAAUGAUGCCCAAUUUCAAUCGGUUACUAAGCGGCUCCUUGGAUUCCCUAGGGGGUUCUCUAGGGAGUUCUCUAGGAGGCUCCCUAGGGGGGCACAGUUACAGUUCCAGCACCGUUGUUAGUAUGUCGUCUGGUCCAGACGGACGGCCACAAGUGUACAAAGCAACGUCGAGCACACGCACUGCUCCUGGGGGCAUCAAAGAAACACAAAGAACUGUGACUGAUACAAGAUCUGGCACUAAAAAAAUGGCCAUCGGACAUCACAUUGGAGACCGCGCACACAUCAUCGAAAAAGAGCACAAUGUGCGCACUGGAGAUCGAGAGGAGAAACAAGACUUCAUCAAUCUGGAUGAAGAUGACGCUGAUGAUUUUAACAGAGAAUGGGAAACUAAGACGAGAAGCCGUUCAGAAAUUCCUAGAAUCAGUUCAGGAUCGAUGAGGAACCGACACUCAUACGGAAGUCCUGGUAGCAUGUUGGCCAUCACUGGAGGCCCAAGUAGACGUCGACAAAGACAGGCAACAGCGUUGGUUUCUCCGCGUAGAAGUAUACGAUCUUCACCGUUGACUGUUCCACAGUCCUCAUCAAGGUAUCAUCAGUAUUAGAAUGUAAAUAAGAAAUAUUCGCGAACUAUCACAAAACUCUUUGUCAUCCGCCAGGACUCCCUACAGUCCGCCUGGACAAACUCAAGGUCCACGAAAAAGUAAAAAUGUGAAGACAGUGUCUGGAUCACCACCUCCAGCGGAUUUAUAAAUCAUAAAUGUUACCAACGUAAUAAAUUUAAACGCUGUCUCAAUG